AUGGCGCACGGCGCAGAAGACUGCGCAACUGUCCUGGAGCAUUUUGUUCAUGAUGCAGCAAAUCUUCCCGCUGAGAUCAACCACUUGAUGGAAGAAAUUCAAGCCAAAGACAAAAUCAUGCAAGAAUGCAGAGCAACCAUCAACUCUCGCGAUGGAAGCAUCCAAAAGUUCAUCAAACUCAACGGUAGUCUGGCGCCCAACCCCAAAGAAGAACAAUAUAGCAAAUCCGUCCUCCAGAACCUCGACCGCAGCCGACAGCUACAAGAAGAAAAAAUACAACUCAGUGACAAAGCCUGUGUCCUGCUUGAUCGCCAAAUCAAGCGACUAGAUGUGCGCAUCCGCGACCUAGUCAACGAAGGUUUACUCACAAACGACCCUCCUCUUCCUUCGCUCUUCGAUAGUAAGACCAACUACCGCGAUCCACCCCGUGCCUUCUUCCCGGACUCCAACCCCUCCGAGCCGUCCACCUACACCACCCCUCUUAAUCCGACCUCUGGAAAUACAAAUCCCAUCCUAGCCGCCGCACAGCGUCUGAAUCAGUCCACUACCCCCCGCCCUGUUCCCUCGCUCGCCGUGCAAGCCGCUGCUCGGAGCUCUGCUCCUGCUACACCAGCCGGAAAUACAGGCGUGCACCUCCAACAACGCCAACGCGAAUCCUCUGCUGGGGCAGUGGAUAGUAAACGCCGGCGCCUGAACCACCCGUCUCUAAAUACUCUCCCAGUGGCCUCAUCGAAUCUCCGUCAAUCCUCUAUGGGACCAGGUACUCCGAAAGCCGGUACCCCAGUCACUAGCCGCGCGGGUAGUGCAGGCCCACGAGCAAGCGGAGCGAUCAAAAAGCCUCUUACCAAGAAAGUCGCGCCACACCAGCAAGUUAAGAAGAUCAAGGCUGCCUCCAGUGGGAAGCCGAGCAAACGGUCUUCCAGCACUGGCCAUCGGGUGAAAUUGUCGAAAAAGUCUCCUAAUGGGGAGGGCGAAGAAGAUGAGGACUCGCUGCUGAGCAGCGCAGACAUGUCCGACUCGGAUAAGAGCGACACCGGUGGCGGCGAGGAUGAUAUGGAAGAUGAGGAAGAGGAGGAGGAGGGAAAUGAGGAUAGCAAGGUGUAUUGCACCUGUCGCACUGUCAGCCAUGGUGAUAUGGUGGCGUGUGAUAAUGACAGUUGUCCGUAUGAGUGGUUCCAUUGGAAGUGUGUCGGUUUGACUAGGGAGCCUGUGGGAACAUGGUUCUGUGAUGAGUGCAGAAAAACGCUCGGGAAGUAG